GAAGAAUCUGGCCGAGGGGAGGAAGGCGAGGCGCCGGCGCUCGGGUGCCUACCACGUUUGGCCUGGAAAAGAUCGGGAAGCGCGCCAAGCUCGGGAGCAGCGGCUGCCGCUCUGGGCGAGAAGCGAGGGCGGAGGUUGCCCCGGCGGGACUCCUCCUCCGAGGGCAGGGCCGGGGGCGGGCAGCUGGAGCGAGCCCCGAUCUCGCCGCCGCUUCUGCAGCGCUGGGAGACGGAGCAAAAGCGGCCGCCGCGGUUGGACCCCAGAGCAGCCCCGACGCGCCGACCACGAGCCGGAGACCCGUCCGGGCGCCUGGUGGCGGCCGGAGCCAAGUCGGCCGGCAGCUCCGGGAGAAGGGCGAAAGGGAGCCGCCACCCCAGCCUCAGCGCUCCAACUUUCUUUUUUUUUUUUUUUCUGCGGCUGCGAAGGAGGAGAAAGUCUCGCUCGGGCAAGGGCGAGAGCUGCGGCAGGGGUCGCUCGCCACCAUGAGGCGGCUCGGGGGCGUCUGGCUCCGGUGGCCGCCGUUGUUGCUGCUGCUGCUAGUGCCUUGGGAAGCCCCGGUCUACGUGCGAGGUGCAGCUAGUAGCAGCUCUGAAUGUUCCUGUGGCCGCAAUCAUUUCACCUGUGCUGUUAGUGCUUUUGGCGAAUGCACUUGUAUUCCUGCUCAGUGGCAGUGUGAUGGCGACAAUGACUGUGGAGAUCAUAGUGAUGAAGAUGGUUGUAUGCUGCCUACUUGUUCAUCCCUGGAUUUUCACUGUGACAAUGGCAAAUGUAUCCGUCGCUCAUGGGUCUGUGAUGGAGACAAUGAUUGUGAGGAUGAUUCUGAUGAGCAGGACUGCCCUCCCCGGGAAUGUGAGGAAGAUGAGUUCUCGUGUCAGAAUGGAUACUGCAUACGCAGUCUGUGGCACUGUGAUGGUGACAAUGACUGUGGAGACAACAGUGACGAGCAAUGUGAUAUGAGGAAGUGUUCCGACAAAGAGUUUCGCUGCAGUGAUGGCAGCUGCAUAGCUGAGCACUGGUUCUGUGAUGGUGAUACUGACUGCAAAGAUGGGUCCGAUGAAGAGAACUGCCCAUCAGAUGUUCCCGCAGCAACAUGUAGCCUGGAGGAAUUCCAGUGUGCCUAUGGGCGUUGUAUCCUGGAUAUUUACCACUGUGAUGGGGAUGAUGACUGUGGGGACUGGUCUGAUGAAUCUGAUUGCUCCUCUCACCAGCCUUGCCGCUCUGGAGAGUUCAUGUGCAACAGUGGCUUGUGCAUUAAUGCUGGCUGGAGGUGUGAUGGUGAUUUUGACUGCGAUGACCAAUCAGAUGAGAAAAACUGCACUACCUCUAUGUGCACAGCUGACCAGUUCCGAUGUAAAUCUGGCCGCUGCGUCCGGCUGUCUUGGCGCUGUGAUGGGGAAGGUGACUGCUCUGAUUACAGUGAUGAAGAAGACUGUGAGGACUCGGGAAUCCCACAAUGUUCUCCUGACCAAUUUCUAUGUGGAAAUGGGCGCUGCAUUGGCCAACGGAAGCUGUGUAAUGGUGCCAAUGAUUGUGGAGAUGGCAGCGAUGAGAGCCCUGCCCAAAACUGCCGUCCUCGAACUGGAGAGGAAAAUUGUAAUGUCAAUAAUGGGGACUGUGCCCAGAAAUGCCAGAUGAUUCGUGGAAUGGUUCAGUGUACCUGUCAUACAGGUUACAGGCUUCUGGAGGAUGGUAGAUCAUGUCAUGAUGUGAACGAAUGUGCAGAGGAAGGUUAUUGCAGUCAGGGAUGCACCAAUAGUGAGGGUGGUUUCCAAUGCUGGUGUGAACAAGGCUAUGAACUUCGCCCAGACAAGCGUAGCUGCAAAGCCCUGGGGCCAGAACCUGUGCUGCUUUUUGCCAAUCGGAUUGAUAUCCGGCAGGUCUUACCCCACCGCUCCGAAUAUACUUUGCUUCUGAAUAACCUCGAAAAUGCUAUUGCACUGGAUUUCCACCAUAGCAAGGAAUUAGUAUUCUGGUCCGAUGUCACACUGGACCGCAUUAUGAGGGCCAAUCUAAAUGGUAGCAAUGUGGAGGAAGUGGUGUCUACCGGAUUAGAAAGUCCAGGUGGGCUAGCUAUUGACUGGAUCCAUGACAAGUUAUACUGGACAGACUCUGGGACAUCUCGCAUUGAGGUGGCAAAUCUGGAUGGAAUGCAUCGGAAGGUGCUUCUUUGGAAGAAUCUAGAAAAACCUCGUGCAAUUGCUCUUCACCCUAUGGAAGGUACCAUCUACUGGACAGAUUGGGGAAACACUCCUUGUAUUGAAUACUCUAACAUGGAUGGUUCCAAUCGGCGCAUUAUUGCUGACACUCAUCUUUUUUGGCCAAAUGGGCUAACUAUUGACUAUGCAGGACAUCGGAUGUACUGGGUAGAUGCCAAGCAUCAUGUUAUUGAGAGGGCUGAUUUGGAUGGAAAGAACAGGAAGGCUGUUAUUAGUCAAGGCCUUCCACAUCCAUUUGCUAUCACUGUAUUUGAAGAUAGCCUGUACUGGACAGAUUGGCAUACCAAGAGUAUUAACAGUGCCAACAAAUUUACUGGAAAAAAUCAGGAGAUCAUCCGUAACAAGCUUCAUUUCCCCAUGGAUAUCCAUACUUUGCAUCCCCAACGCCAACCAGCAGCAGGGAGAAAUCGCUGUGGAACCAACAAUGGUGGCUGUACCCAUCUCUGUUUACCAAAUAACAAGGGCUAUACCUGUGCAUGCCCCACAGGUUUUCGGAGGACUAGCAGCCAUUCUUGUGCCCAGAGUCUUGACAAGUUCCUGCUUUUUGCCCGAAGGAUGGACAUCCGUCGUAUCAGCUUCGACACAGAAGAUUUGUCUGAUGUUGUCAUCCCCUUGGCAGAUGUGCGCAGUGCUGUGGCUCUGGACUGGGAUGCGCAGGGUGACUAUGUCUACUGGACAGAUGUUAGCACUGAUUCCAUUAGUCGGGCAAAAUGGAAUGGAACAGGCCAGGAGAUUGUGGUGGAGAGCAGUCUUGAAAGCCCAGCUGGUCUUGCUGUUGAUUGGGUCACAAACAAGUUGUACUGGACAGAUGCAGGAACAGACCGCAUAGAGGUAUCUAACAUAGAUGGGACAAUGAGGACUGUUCUAAUAUGGGAAAACCUAGACAGACCGAGAGAUAUUGUGGUGGACCCUGUUGGAGGGUUCAUGUACUGGACUGACUGGGGAGCUAAUCCAAAGAUUGAGCGUGCAGGAAUGGAUGCCUCUAAUCGCCUGGUGAUCAUCUCUUCCAACCUGACAUGGCCCAAUGGACUGGCUAUUGACUAUGAGUCUCAGCGCUUAUACUGGGCAGAUGCUGGCAUGAAGACAAUUGAAUAUGCUGGCCUGGAUGGCAGUGAUAGGAAGAUAUUGAUCGGGAGCAAUUUGCCUCACCCAUUUGGGCUCACUCUUUAUGGAGCUCGGAUCUACUGGACAGACUGGCAGACAAAAAGCAUCCAGAGUGCUGACAAAAGAACAGGGCUGGAUCAUGAGACUCUACAGGACAACCUAGAAAAUCUUAUGGACAUCCAUGUCUUUCAUCGGCAGAGACUUGCAGUACAUACACCAUGCCACAUUAAUAAUGGUGGAUGCAGUCAUCUUUGUCUCUUGGCUCCACUUCCUAAAGGCUACAGUUGUUCUUGCCCUACUGGUAUCAACCUACAACCGGAUGGCAGAACAUGUUUAUCGGGAAUGUCUGCCUUCCUGAUCUUUGCAAGAAGAUCAGAUAUUCGUCUGGUUUCACUUGAUAUUCCAUAUUUUGCUGAUGUAGUUGUCUCAGUCAACGUCACUAUGAAAAAUACCAUCGCCAUUGGAGUGGAUCCUGAAGAAGGAAAGGUUUAUUGGUCAGACAGCACACUGAGGAAGAUCAGCAGAGCUUCACUGGAUGGGUCUCAGUAUGAGGAUAUCAUUACUACAGGGUUGCAAACCACAGAUGGAUUAGCUGUGGAUGCUAUUGGCCGCAAAGUAUAUUGGACUGAUACAGGAACAAACAGAAUUGAAGUGGCUAACCUGGAUGGGACAAUGAGAAAAGUUUUAAUAUGGGAAAAUCUGGACAGCCCACGGGCAAUUGCAUUAUAUCAUGAAACAGGGUAUAUGUAUUGGACAGACUGGGGUGAAAAUGCUAAACUGGAACGAGCAGGGAUGGAUGGCUCUAACCGCAUGGUGCUUAUUAGCAACAACCUGGGAUGGCCUAAUGGUCUGGCUGUGGAUAAAGCUGGAUCACAACUAUUUUGGGCUGAUGCACAUACUGAGCGUAUUGAGGCUUCAGAUCUAAAUGGUGUAAACCGCCACACCCUGCUCUCCCCUGUGCAGCACCCUUAUGGCCUGACUUUAUUAGAUUCUUACAUCUAUUGGACUGAUUGGCAAACUAGAAGCAUUCACCGAGCUGAUAAGAACACUGGUGCUAAUGUCAUCUUGGUGAGAACAAAUCUCCCUGGAUUAAUGGACAUCCAGGCCAUUGACAAAGGGAGGCCUCUUGGUACUAACAAAUGUGGCAAGAAAAAUGGAGGUUGCUCGCAUCUCUGCCUCCCAAACCCUGAAGGCUUCUCAUGUGCCUGCCCUACUGGAAUUCAACUGAAGAUUGAUGAAAGAUCUUGCGACCCUUCUCCUGAAACCUACCUGCUCUUCUCUAGCCGGGGCUCCAUCAGGAGAAUCUCACUAGAUACUAGUGAUCACAUUGAUGUUUAUGUCCCUGUUCCAGAGCUGAACAAUGUUAUCUCCUUGGACUAUGACAGUGUAGAUGGCAAGGUUUACUACACAGAUGUCAUAUUAGAUGUCAUCAGGCGAGCAGAUCUAGAUGGAAGUAAUAUGGAAACUAUUAUUGGCCAAGGACUAAAGAGAACUGAUGGUUUGUCUGUGGACUGGGUAGCUCGAAAUCUAUAUUGGACAGACACUGGCCGCAACACAAUUGAAGUUGCAAGAUUGGAUGGAAGCUGCAGGAAAGUGCUGAUAAAUAACAGUCUGGAUGAACCACGGGCAAUUGCUGUCUUUCCUAGAAAAGGAUACCUCUUCUGGACUGACUGGGGACAUAUUGCUAAAAUUGAGCGUGCGAACCUGGAUGGUUCUGAACGAAAGAUAUUGAUCAAUACUGAUUUAGGCUGGCCCAAUGGACUGACUUUAGAUUAUGACAUCAGAAGGAUUUAUUGGGUAGAUGCUCAUCUAGACCGCAUAGAAAGUGCUGAUCUUAAUGGGAAAUUACGCCAAGUGUUGAUCAGUCAAGUGUCACAUCCCUUUGCCUUGACACAGCAGGAUAGGUGGCUGUAUUGGACAGACUGGCAAACAAAAUCUAUUCAGCGUGUGGACAAAUACUCUGGUCGUAAUAAGGAGACUGUGUUAGCCAACGUGGAAGGACUUAUGGAUAUUAUUGUGGUUUCUCCUCAAAGGCAAACAGGAACAAACAUUUGUGGAGUGAAUAAUGGAGGCUGUACCCAUCUCUGCUUUGCCAGGGCUUCUGACUUCGUUUGUGCAUGUCCCGAUGAACCAGAUGGACGGCCUUGCUCUCAUGCGCCUAGCAUGGGGCCUCCAAAUCCUGAGACAACUCAUACAAGCAAAAGGAGCCAGACUUCUACUGACAGAUUUAAAACUCCAACAACCAAGCCACAUAUUUCUGUGGAAAUAGAAGGAAACUGCUCUGACAAGAAAGUUGGUCAAGGUUUGUGCAACCGAGCAAAUGAAGCAAUAUUGGCAACUGCAGGAGAAGGGCUACAUGUCAGUUACAUCACUGGAGGUCUUCUCAGUAUACUGAGUAUUCUGCUGCUGAUUGGUGCUGUGAUUAUAUACAGGCAUAAGAAGUCCAAAUUCACAGAUCCUAAUCUAAGUAAUCUGACCUACAGUAAUCCCUCUUAUCGGACAUCUACCCAAGAAGUGAAGAUUGAAACAAUUCCCAAACCAACCAUAUAUAAUCAGCUCUGCUUUAAGAAGGAGAAUGGUCCUGAUCAUAGUUACACCAAGGACAAGAUCAAGAUUGUUGAAGGAAUAUGCCUCUUGUCCAAUGAUGAAUCUGAAUGGGAUGAUCUUAAACAGAUAAGAAGCUCUCGGGGGUGUAUUCUCCGUGACCAUGUAUGCAUGAAGACUGACACAGUCUCUAUCCAAGCCAGCUCUGGCUCACUGGGUGACACUGAAACUGAGCAACUGUUGAAAGAGGAGCAGUCAGAAUGCAGCAGCAUUACUGCAGCCACUACUCCUGAAUGUCAUGGCUCCCUUCCAGACACAGGCUGGAAGCACCAGCGCAAACCUUCAACAGAAAGUGAAGUCUAAAGAAUAUGCAGAGACUUGUCCCUCCUACUGUCAUCCUUCACAAUGAUGAAAUAGGAUCUUGCCUUCUAUUCAGUGAAAAAGUCAGAGACUAGUCACUUGAUCAUGGAGUCCAGAGACUUCCUUUGCAGAAGCAUUUGAGCUGGACUGUGCCUUUGAGGCAGAUGGAACACAGCUAAGGGACCCUUUUCACUCACUGCUAGAUCAUGUUUAUUUAUAUGUCCCUUCAUCCUAGAAGCUGUGGUAUUGAAUUUAGUAGCAGUUUCUUUUUCACUUGAAUCUGAUGCAGCUUUCAUCUGGGCUUGUGCAUAAGCUGGUCAAAGAUUCCAAAUCUUCAGUGGCCAGUAUUAUGAACUUAGUCAUUAUUGAUGCCUGUUACCUUUUCUCAGAGGGUAUUGGCACUAACUGGAUUUUGCACUGUACUCCUUCUGUUUUAAGAGGAAAGGGUUAGGGCCAACUGAACUGCCUGAAGUGAGCAAAGGGAUACAAGAACAGGUCACUUUUACAGGUUCUGUACAGGGAGAGCAAAUACAUCUACAACUUAAUUGCAAGGGACAAUAAAAUAUCACUACCAUUUUUACAAAAUGGGGAACCACUGCUGCGUCUAAUGUAGGGUAUGAGGAAUUUAAGAGGGUAAAGUCUUAGUCUGUUGCUGGCAACAGUCAUUGGUCCUGUGACAUCCAUUAUAAUACCCUUUCUAAAAUAUAGAUAGAACUUUCUUGGAUAGACUUUUUUCCCAUUUUCACUGGCUUCCAUAUUGACCUGCAAGGAAGUUUUGACCUGGAGCAAUGUUAUUUAAUCAUUCUUAUUGCCUGGUUCACAGGGCCAACUGCUGAAAAACUUUGCUGCUGAAAUAUGUGUGGAACACAAAGGCAGUGUAUUAGGUUUAACUAUCUGGAACAAAUUGGUUGUAAAAAUCCAGCUCCAAUUUUCUGUAAAAAAAUAGGGGAGUUUUUCUAACUUAUUUUCUGCCAAUCUUUUCUCUUUUGAAAUCCUGGAAGGAAUAAUUUAGCUGCACCUUUUUUCUCAUAUUUGCUGUAUUAGUUGAGCAGACAAAAUGUGUCAAAAAGUGGGUGUGUGCAAUUGAAAAAUAAUGUAUGUGGAUAGGAAAUAAUGUAGUUAAGGUGACAGAUGGCACACUACAAAUAAUUUACUUAUAUAAAAAUCCUUCCCUUUUAAAUGAUGCUAUUAAUUCUAUGCUAUAACAAAAAGUCAAUAGCUGAGAAACUGCCAUUUCACAACAUGCAUUGUGGGUGACAAUUUACACAACAAACAGUGUUUUGCACAUUGUUCAGACUUCAUUUGACAACAGAGAAGUUCUAUGGAAGUUUUAUCUAGAAUUAUUAACCAUAUGAGGUAUUCUCUGGGAAAAUGUGAUUCAGUCUCAUUCUAGUCCUGCAGCUGCUCUCCCAUGGUCAAUGAAAGAUGCAUGGACAAUGGUUGUGUCCCUGUGUUAUUAAUCUUCAUAGAGUACAAAUUUCCUGUGCCCAAACUAGUCAUCCAAUUGCUUUCUGCUGUGUGCAUUGUUCAAGCAGGAAGGCAGGAAAAAUUUAAAUGGAUUCAUGGACGACAGCAAGAUUAUUUUUUACCUCUGUUCAAAAUCAUCAUGUUGUAAUUUUAUUACAUCAUUUCUACCAUUGAAAGAAACAUAGCUUUCUGUUCUUUUCCAAACCUAUACUAUCAGCAAGUUGACUUAACAAUUUACCCACUCAAGCAUUGGAUAAAUCAUCUGUAAUAAUAAUACAUGCAUAAAAAUAAGCCACAGUUAAGAUCAUCAGCCAGAUGGACGUAUUUAAUACUGCAUUUUCCCAAAAAUAAGACAUCACCUGAAAAUAAGCCUAAUGUGUCUUUUGGAGCAAAAAUUAAUAUAAGUCCCAGUCUUAUUUUGGGGGAAAUACAGUAAUCUGAUCAAAGGUCUCAAUAUAUUGAACUGUACUUUCCAGAUUCAUCACUCUAGAGGUAGACCUUGCUUAAUGACUGCCCUGCUUAGCAACCGUUUGAAGUUACAAUGACAAAGUUAGAUUUUAGAAAAAAUAAGUUAUGACUGUUGCAGCAUCUCCACACUACCGUGAUCACCAUUUGAGCACUUCACAACCACCAGGCAUUUAUAGCUAUUACACCAUCCCAUGGUCACAUGAUCACCAUUUGCAUGUCUCACAACCAGCUUCCAAUAAGCAGAGUCAUUGAAGACGUAAGGUCACAAGUUCUGAUUGGUGAUAAUAACUUCUCGUGGUGAUAAGUCUGUUCUCUUAAUGAUCACAUGGCUUAGCAAUACAAUUGCCACUCCCAAUUGUGGUUACUAAGCAAGGACUACCUGUAUCUGCUGUACAUCAGUUUAAUCUGGAUUUGAAAAUCUAUUUGGUGGCUUUAUAGGUAUACAUUGGAAUGUAAUAAUUAAAUACGCCUUCCUUUUGCAGUUUUUUUUUUUUAAAACAAAAUGUAUAAUGGUUAUUUUCUAAUUUCAUAAAGUAAAUCAAGGUAUGAAACUUUUACAGGCCAGCUGGCAUUUUAGUGAUACACAAAAAAAUGCAAUCUAAAGAAGAGUGGCUCGGUUAGAAAGAGCUAAAUUUGAUCUCAUUUAAAUUUACCUGCAGUUAAUAUUAGUCUCAAAUCUUGUAUCUAAUAAUGUAAUUCCAUGACAAAAAUAAUAGUUUCACAUAUUUCUGAUAACCAGCUUAGAAUCUAUUUUCACUUUUCUAAUUUUCCCCACUCUUUUUUGCAAAAAUCUUUUAGCUCAGAAAUAUUCUUGAAUUAUCUUACAUUUAUUGCACUUUUGAGAUUUCCUACAGAUUUUCAAUUAUAUUAAAGACUGGGGAUUGUAAGGAUCAUUCCAAAAUCGUUAUUUUUUAUAAAGAUGUUAGAAAGUGCUAAUUAAAAGGGAAUCCAGACUUUUGCAAUCUGCCAUAUAUUGGUAGUGCUCAUUUAGUGACUGCUUCAAAGAACGAUUGUUCAGUUAUAAAUGUGAUGAAAAUCUAUGAUCAGUGCCUGCAUUUACAACCUUUGCAUCAUCUCCUCCUUCACUCUCAGUCAUGUUUGCCAUUACAGGCAGUCAGCAUGGUAUCAUAUUGUUGUAUGUCUGACCCAUUUUUUUCCUUUUGUCCCCUCACAGGGCAGAGAUCUUAGCUCUUCCUGAGCUGCUUUUGUCCAAGUCCCUAAAAAGUACUAACACAACUUAACAAGCUCAGCUCUGUGACUUUAAUUAGUUGAUUAGAACCUUCCAGCCAGCUGGUAGCUGCUGCUUGAAAAUGAUAAGAUCUUAAUUAAUUUCUCACUAAAGCCUUUUGUUUGGCCCUAAGAGAAUUCUGGCUCUCAACCAGGAGAAGCAAGGCAAACAGCCACUAGUGCAUUGCUUUCAAUGUGUGUUCCCCAGUUCCUGCCUACUCUUUAGUAAUCUCUCCUUUUCCAAUGAAUAGAAAUAUAAACAUCAACUCUCUUCUUGCUUAUUAUCCCAGCAUUGGGGUGAGCAUUCCAAAAGGACAGAGGAAUGGGGGGGAAAGGGAUAUAAGAUUUUCCCUAUUUCCCAGCUUCCUUGUGAAUCAUGUUCCAGAAACAACCUCUGAUGUGAGCUCACCCAUUUGGGUAAUAAAAUAAUUUAUUAAAUUUAUAUGCUGCCCAAUUCCAAAUGGCUCUGGAUGCCAUACAACUGUACAACAUUUAAAAACACAGAAUAGAAAAACACACAAAAGCAGCACAAGACAGAAGAACUUCAGUGGCAAAGAGAAUAAAUUGAGAAGGGAGCAGAAAUUUAAAGAGGGGCUUCAGUCAUCCUCUCCAAAGGCCAAUCCAAAUAGCCAAGCCUUUGAAACAAGGUGGCAGCUAUUUAAAUCUCAGGGGUAACUUAAUUCCAGAGGCCAGGCGCUGCUAUAGAGAAGGUCACACUUCCAAAGCACCAAUAGAUGACAUUGUUUAAUUGAUGGAACCCAGAGCAUACCAACCCUGCCAGAUCAACCCUGCCAGGCAGAUACCAUGGGAGAUAUAUUCAUAUUCUUCUGAUCCUGUAAAGCAAAGUAAAGCUAAAAUAAAAUCCUAUGCAGUCACAGCCACGUCAUUUUUUCACAUAGGGAUCACUUCAGUGGUUACUUAAAUUAGAUCUCUUUGUACAUUGUUUUCUUACUUUGGAUUUAUAAACAAAUGCAUAUAAAAGUAUGAAUUCAAAUUUGGCAGAUAGAUAUGUUUAACUUUGUACCAUGUAGGCGUUAUAUCUUUUGUUUACUUAUAAUUUUAUUCAGGGUUAUCUAAGCCUCUUUCAUUAAUUUGAAGCUUUAGGGCCUUAAAUGUCAAAUUGAUGUUCACAGGUUUUCCUAUACAUUGGUAUAUCCUAUCCUGGAAAUUUCAAUGACCAACCUCAUAAAUCAGCUACAAUGAUUUCUGUUACCUUACUAACCGUGCGGGGAAAACAGUUUCUCAUUGCAGAAAUUCCUGUUGGCAAUGUUUGUCAAAAGGCCAAUUCAUACAAAUAUUGCCUUUCUAAAAUUAAGACACAUUAAUGAAGGUGAGCUAUGAUUGUUUGCUUGUUAGGAGAACUAUGAGAAUUAGCUCUUAGAUUGUCUUCCUCACCCUUAUAUAAUUCAGACAUACUGAAGCUCAACUCUCAUACUUUCCUAGCAUAAGAUCCAAUGUAUCUGUAAGACACCGAGGAAGUAUAUCUAUUCCUUUGCCAUUUGCAGGUAUACAUUUAAAAAUAUAGAUGAAAAUUAGGAGAUUCAUGUUAUAUCCCCAUUGUCAGAUAAACUGUGAUGAAAAAACAGGUGCUGCACUUUCAAGACAGCUGGCAAGGUGCUUAAGCCAUGUACUUUCAUACUCCUUUGCAAGGAUUCUCUUGUCCACAUUUUUGGAUCUUGGUUAUGGAUUGAAAUGUGGAAGCAGUGAGGAGAAUAAUUUUAAGUCCAAAGGAACUGAUUUUCUGUAAAAUCUCCACUUAAAAUACAUUAAUAUUACAAGAGAAAUAAUGCAGGUGUAAGCCAUUAUUAGGUCUAAUUCAGCUUUUCUUAAUCUGAGAGUCCUCCAGAGAUGUUGACAUUGCAGUUCCCAGAAAUUCCACCCCACAUAUCCAAAGCUGGCAAUAAAUUUGGGGAGUUGUAAUUGCUUCAUUUUUCAAUGUAUAUAUCCUUCAUGGUUUCUAGUUGACUUUUUUCCGUUAGUUUUCGAAUUUAGGAAUUCAGUUAACAGAAAAAAUUUCACCAUAGAUCAGUAGUGUUUUCAUCUAUAUGUACUAAAUUGCACUUGAACCCUUUUUCAUAAAUAAGGGUGCUUUCCGUUGCACAUUCUUUGCCCUUCUCCUCCAUUUUACCCCAAACAGUGUCAGCACGAUAGCAGGAAACUGAAGGAAUGGCACCAACUCUUCUAAUUUCACUUGUGAAACAAGCAAAUAUCAACUUUCCUUGUGCUAGCAGGCUCUGACUGAACAUUACCUAAUUCAUGGUUCUUUGCUUGCAUGUUAAAAAAGAAAAGCAAGCCUCAUUACACUACACAGAAUGUGGAAAGGCCAGGAGUGGGGAAUAAUUUUUGAGCAGUGAUGUAAAAAGCAUGUUUUCUCCUAUAUGCUCUGAAAUGACAGUAAUUAAUCUUCACCCAUUUGUCAUGGUUUUAAUGUUACCCGCUGAAGAAAUGUCAUUUUUAUAGUUAUUACUAUGUUUAAUAUCUUAGGGAAUUAUGAUAAUUUAACUUAGCUUUCUAAAAAUCAAUUUUCUGUCCAUUUAAAUUGUGAAUUACACAUUAACCAAACCUCCUCCUAAACAAAUAAGACUUCAUAAAGUCUCAACUUCUCUAAAGAUACAAGCGAUUUGGAAGUAAUAUGAAGCCAGGGAAAUGGGAAUUCAUUGGUGGAAUUAAUUUACACAUUUGAAAUUGAAUGUUAAAAAGUUCUAAUUUUCUUAAUUCAGUGAUAUUGUCUAGAUUCUGUUAUAAGACAAGUGUAGCAUAAAGAUCUUUGCAUCUGUCAUGCUGAUAAUAUAAAUGCUAAUAAGGCAUUUCAACAGUGUACAAUCAUGUUUUCUACUCCCUAUUAACAAAUCUGUGAGAUGUGAAUGUUUUCACCUUAGAUCAGAGUGUCUUUAUUCUCAACAUACCAUUUCCCAGAACCAUGUCAUAAAAUUGAACCAAUUCAAA